UGUUUUUCCAUUGGUCUUGAUAAAUAUGAGUAAAAUAUAAUUGAUAUAUUUUAUAUAAAAUCUCACAGACUCAGUUUGCCACCGUUAAAAUAAGGUAUUGCUGACACGAGUUAAAGAUCAACUGGAGUUUACUGAAAGUCUACUGAACUUUUUUUCUUUUUUUUACACAAGCCUUAUCACAGACUUUUACACAAGCCUUAUCACAACAAUACUAUUAGACUAGUGCUGCUGUGGCCCCUUGUUGCUUCAUUCACUAAUUCACUUCUUUCCCAUACAAAUACGUCAGGCAGGUCAAACUUCAGUCCAUUCUUAAUAAACUGUAAUGUAGAGCAUUGCAAAUUGAGAUGGGAGUCGCCGUGCCGCUGACGUCUCAGCUGUACCGAUACCAUGAAUACAAGGAAACACUUGCUGUCUGCAGCACGGCUUCUGUUGCCCACCACUGGCUUGAGUCUCAUCUGUAUAGGCGCUUACAUCAAGUCCAUUCAAAGUGAACAACUGCAAAUUCUUAGAGAUAUCUCCACUCUCCUCUUUAUCAUCCUGGGUUUCAUUCUGCUUGUUGUUGGAGUGUUGUGGUCUGUUGGUCACGGAAUGAAGAAUGUGCUGCUGAAACGCUCAGUAAGGAGGUCUAGAAAUGCUGAUGUCCAGGUUUUUACUGUGGACAGGUCUGACCUCUAUCCACCAUCAUAUGAGGAAUCACAGGUCGGAAUUAAUGACAUCGACAGUGUCCCCACCGUCAUCUCCAUUCCUACAGGCAUGCAAUGGGCCGGCCCAGCUCCUCCAGUUUACAUGCAGACCGGCUAUGAGACCUCAGUUGAGGACUUCAGCCAUGAGGAACCACCUACGUAUCAACAAGCAGUUCUUCAGAGUCAGGCCGAUUCCCAAGCUGUCCAUCUACCCACAAACAGUUCUGUAGAGCCACACUGAACAGCUGCUAUUGAUCAGAUCUGAGAGAGAUGUUGAGGUGAAAAAAAAUGAGAAGUUUCAGUAUUCUUCAAGGUGCUGAAGUAUCUGGAGCUUUUGAGGCUGUUAGUUGCCCCUGGCCCUGAUGAUCAUUAUCACUCGAAAAUAAGAUUUGAUGUUAGUAAAAAGGAAACACAAACCUGACAAAAAGUCUCAUCUAGUCUAGUCUUAGUAUUCUCUGAGAGCAUGAUGUGAUCAGUGUUGAUGUCAUUUCCAAUAGCGCACAGCACUUUGUAGACAGAACUGGUCGUAUUAUUAUAUGUAUGAAAGGUGUAUUAUUGUUAAGGUCUCUUUAGUGUCGAUAGGUCAAGAAGCAAGUAUGCCUGUCAAAUCCGUUGUGUUUUUGUUGCAUUAAUAAACAAUAAUGUUAA